GCCUGCCCAACAAGUAUAAAUACUCUGUGUUUCCAGUGUCUAUCGAAGGACAACUCAACCAGCUUAACCAACUCAGAACACUUACAACAACUUCACUUCAAAGACUUUUCAGUCCACAAAUCUCCAAUUCCAACAUCAUGAUGUCCCUCAAGCUCGCUUUGAUCUCUGCCCUCUUCGGCUCCGCUCUUGCAACACCAGUAGCAUCUCCAGAUGGAACUGUCAAGCUAGCCAAACGCAGUGAAGGAGUCCACCUCGUGAACUGUGGAAACAAUUACUCUGUCGUUCUUUACUGUGCCAAUGACAGUAACUGCAACUUCAAUCCGUCUGCAGGCAAUCAGUGUCUCCCCACCAAUGGCGGAGUCGACACCUGGGAGGGUUCAAACCAGAAGUGCACCUUCCCUGGAACUGGAACGACCUUUACUUGGAACAUCCAGAGCAAUGCUCAAAGUCAGGCAAACUUCGUCCAAGUCGGAACUGGGAGCAACGGUUUCCAUGGAUUCAACAUCUUCAAGGAUGACAAGCAUGUCAUGUAUACUGACGGCAACGGAAACCAAUGCAAGAGCAUUUACUACUGCCUUCCGAACUAAAUACUUGGGUUCUACUUGAGUAAUGGAAGUGCCAGGUGAUCUGGUUGGCUGGGAAUUAGGACGCUCUCUCUAGUAUUUCCUCGAAUGAAAAUCCUCACUCUCCUUAACGUCAUGACUGUGACUGUCUCCAUUUAUAUAUCAGUGAUCAUGAUGGUGGCUCAUACCAAAGAUUGUCAUCAUCUCUGUCUAUCAUUAAUUUGUGCAACCUCGAGGGAAGGAAGC